GAUAGCAACUAAACGUAGCGCAGUAAAUACGGGCCCUGUUUGUAACUGUCGUGGGCGGGGUAAAACAUUGUAUAAUUUAAAAGCACUUAAAUUACCCGCCAUUUAUAAACUUUAACUUACGCUAAACCAAAGCUUCACCACAAAACAGGACGCGCGCGCACCUUUCAACUCUCGAACCCGCCCGUUAUAAACUAGCUAAAACCCCUUUAAUUACCUCCCGUUACGUUGCGGUGUGCAGUUGGGUGCGUUGUGUGUGUGUGUGUGUGGGUGCGUGGUGCACGCGAGGCUUAAUUCACAGUAAUCACGCCACUGCAGGAGACAGAAGUAUUUUAAAGCGGGCGAAUGGAGAAGAACGCCUGAAAUAUGUGAGAAUUGCAGCCGCAAGUUGUCCAUAGCAAGCCGUGCUAGUGGACAGGCCGAAUCGUGUAUUACGGAGAAGCGACACAAAAUCUCCGUAUCCUCCCACAUGAUGGAACCCUUUGCCGCAGCUUCACCGUAAAUGCGCGUGUGUGUGUGUGUAGGUGUGUAUGUGCCCGCACCCGCGCACUACCUGUAAAGUGUUGUGCGUGUGCCCGCGCUGUGCAUGGAUACGUGUGUAUAUCAGCGCUGCAACGGAUCGGGCAGUAGAAGGAAGGGGCGUAGGAAAAGCGACGAAUAACGCGAACACGGCUUGUCCGCGUAUGCACGUAUAUAUACGUGUGCGAUAUAUAUAGACACACAUAUACGACAAGCGUAUCUUCUUCAGUCACCAUCUUGGAAUCAGGCAGCCCCAGUGUGUUGUAGGAGCGCGCUGCCCGAGCCCGACCGGAACACACCAGCUUCGCCAGUUCCAAAUCUCCCCAAACCCUCCCCCCCUUCCCACCCCAUUCUUCCUGCGGCCACCCUUCCUGCGUAAUAUGGCUGUGUUUCUGAUAAAUGUAUGCAAAUUCAACGGUUGUGAGAAGAUUUUCCCCAGCUUGUCUGAUCUAAUACACCACAUAGAGAACACACAUAUAGAUGACUCACAAGCGCCGGAGGUAACGGAAAAGACACAGCCGACCUGCCUUCCGCUCAGCUACGUACUGCGCUUCGUAACGGAUAACACCCGGCGCGAUGGUGUACUCGGUUCACCGGUGGCCGUUCCCAGCAACGGUACCGACCGAACCAAUCCCACCCUGGUAGCGAACGGUACCGGUGUACGGUUGACCAAUGCAACCGCAUCAAUCAACCAAACAGCGGACCACCAGCACGGAUCGGCCGCUGCUGCAGCGACUGGCGCCACCGCCGCCACCACCACCACCACCAAUUCCAGUACCAUUGCCGGCAGCAAUGGUGGUGGUGGCGGUGGCGUAACCGGUGCUACCACCACCAACGGAUGCAGCACGGAUCAUCAGAACGGUGGUUCGGUGGGGCCGGCCGGCGGCGGUACCGGCGUUGGGCUGGAUCAGGCCAAAAAUCACCUCAACCAAACGGUUGGCACAACCGAUCUCAAGCGCAAAAUUGCCAUCAAACAUCACAGCUACAGCAUAUCGGCAUCGAACCGGAGCACAACGCCAACAGGAAGCGAAAUGGAUGACGACGAGAUGAUGGUGUCCGAAUCCGAGGACAGCAACGAUUCCUGGACAACGGAGGAGUUUAGCUCCGAGUUCAUCAUGCGCUACGGAAGCCGGCGCCAUUCUGCAUCCGGCGGUGGUGGUGGGAUAAACUCUUCGAACGAAAAACCGUUCGCCUGUCCGGUGCCGGGCUGCAAAAAGCGGUACAAAAAUGUCAACGGCAUCAAGUACCAUUCGAAGAAUGGGCACAAGAAAGAUGGAAAUCGGGUUCGUAAAGCCUUUAAAUGCUACUGUGGCAAAAGCUACAAGACGGCUCAGCGGCUCAAAAAUCACAACAUGCUGGUACAUGCGACCGCCACCCGGAACGGGUCACCGGUCGAUGGGACCAACCUGCAGGCGGCCGUACCGCUCACAUCGCCCGCCCUGCCAUCGGCCACGUUGAUCUCCGCGCCGGUCAAAUCUCCUCCGCUGAGCAACGGCGGUAGCCCAAAUACCGUCGUCGUCAGCAGCACUAGCAGCAGCAGCAGCAGCAACAGCAAUAGUAGUAUUGUGACAGCAGUCGCCGCCGCCGCCACCGCUGCCGCCAUCGCAUCUAGUCAAAUCGGUACAAACGCAACCACCACCAACACUACGUGUACUAGUCCAUCCACACUUACUAUAACGCAGGUCACCCACAGUAAGGUGCCCCGCGGGCUCGUACUGGCGGCGGCGGCGGCAUCGGCGGCACCCACAACGGUUGCCUCGCCCGUCAUCCCACCCGCAACCGUGUUUCCCGUCUCACCCUCCUCCAGCUCCCUCUCCAGCACCUCGUCGGUGUCGGCCGGCGUGUCGCCGGUCAACAUUAAGUACGACAAUCUCGGCAUCCUAACGCCCGCCACCUCACCGAAGCUGAUCGCUGCUAACCUUUGCCAGGAGGCAAACCAGCUGCCAACGGUCGUUUCGAGCACUGGUGGUGGUGGUAGCGGUGCGAACAGCAAUACGGCAUCCUCCUCGCUCACUUCGGUCGCGAUCGCGUCCGUACUGGGUGGAAUAUCGCUGAAAAGUGUUACCGGUGGGAAUGUUGGUGGUCCCGGCGGUGGUGGUGGUGGUGGGAGUGGUAAUGGUGGAAGUAAUGCUCCCGGUGAGCUGGUUAGCGCCGGUGGGAAUGUUGGCAUCGCGCUGGUCGUCUCAUCCGCCGCCGUUGCCGGUAAUGAGUCGAAGCUGAGCGCUACCACCACCGGCAGCAGUGGUGGCAACAACAAUAAGAACGCAGUGCUCUCGGCGUCGGUCUCGGCUGGCCAGCUGUACGCCGAAGAGACGUAGCCGAUACUUAAGAAUUUACUGUUGCGAAAGUAUUGACUGGCUAUAGAGCGUACCUGUUUUCUUACUAGUUUUUAACCUUUAAUCGUGUAACCGCACAGCUGCUGCCGCUACUUCCUUACACACAUUAUACUACCACAAAAAGGCCACCCACACACAAAACGAAACAAACGCGGGAAGGUGUAGGAUGGUGUGUAGCUAACCAAACACCAGAUUAGAAAGCAAGAACAAAAGCAAACCAUAGCCCGCGGAAGAUAGGUGAUAAAUGUGUAACAACCCUCCUUAGAACCAAUUUAUUUACACGGUACCGGUCGCGGAACCAGCAGUACACACGCCGGUACUGUCGGUGUUUAGUUGCUAGUAAUCUAUUUUGUUGCUAAUUUUAUUUUCUAUGUUUUUGUUUUGUUUUAUGUGAGCGAAUCACACGUUAGGACGAGCAAGGGGGGGAAAAAAAGAUGCAAUUGAACAAGGAUAGGUCAGUGUUUAUGGUGUUGUGAUACACGCACUCGUUCCAUUUACAUUUACCCUUGGUUCAAUCAAGCGUUUGCUUCCCACAAACGAUGGGAAAACCCAAAAAAAAAAAACGUACGCACGGUCUGCCUAUAUUAUACCCUUAUUUAAACGCCUAGCACGACGGUUGUGUUAGUUAGCGAGAACAAACUAUGGGAGAAAAGAGUUCCAUACGUUCGUCAGAUUUUUUUUUUUAAUUUAAUUUUUAUAAUACUUUUUUUGUAUUAUGAAGCGCCCAUACAGGCACAGUGAUGUGAGGUUCUGCGACACACACACACACACACACCACGUCUCAUCCUCAUCCUUAGCCCGUGUUUAGAAUUUUACAUUUCAAGUGUACCCCUUUACGGGCAAGCGUUUAGAGAAAGUGAACAGUGAACAUGUAAUGGCUUUGUCUUUGCGUUUGUUAGUGUGUUCUUUCUGUACGACGAGCAAUCAAUGUGCCACCACCCCACCACACUCAUCACUAUCACCACUAUCACUCGCCGCAACUACACCACCGUAUGGAGAAGGGAAGAUGCUGUGGGGAAAUACGUGUUUGCACCAGAAAGGGGGGGGGGGGGGUGGGGAACACAAGGUGAUUUUUUUUGUUUAUUUUUUAUUAUGUAAAAUCAGUUAUUUAUUUGCUGGCAGGAUUUAAAUUAUGAAGUGCAUGUGUUUCCUUUUCUCUUCAUUGUAUAUCCAUUGCACACCUAUAUUUUUAUGUUUUACCUAGUGUGUUGGGUCAAGUAGCGCUUUUUAAAGGGGAGAGAGGACAACUGCACUCACUCACAAUGUGAGAGGUAAGGCCUGCCGGUAACUCCGCACCCACUGAGGACGAAGAGUGCGUCGGUGAGUGCCAAGAGCGCACUCAGAGCCCUCAUUUUAUUGAGGCGUGCAGCCUCCCGGUAGCUCACUCACCAUUCACGUUCUCCUAACUAAGAGAGAUUGGCUAAACACACACACACACACACACCUUUUGAACUGAAUGUUGCAAACCACAUGAACACUGUAAAAGAAAGGGGGGUUUAUUUUUUGUUUUACCUGUGUAUUUGCAAAACGUAACGCCGUGCAAUAAGGAAGCCCAAUAUUUGCGAAAAUCGAUUCUAGAUUAUAAAAAAAAGAACAGAUAAUUCCUUAACGCGCUUCACCGUGAUUAGUAAGUAGUAAAAAACGCAGCCCGUUUCCUUAACAUCAAUUAUCAUUUCCCAGCCCGCCCCCCCCCCCCCCCCAUCCAUAUAUUUAUGUAUAUGCUUUAGUUGUUUACGUAUAUUUACCUUUAGAUUGUUGGAUGUGUUGGAGGCAGAGAGUGUAUAGUAGUAGUGUGGUAAUAGUCGUAGCGGUAGUAGGAAGUAGUGUGUGUAAAUGCACAGCAGUCAAGCUUAGAAGGCAAAGGGAUUAGAAAAGGUUAGCCAGGGAGGGGGUUGGCGGAAAAAUGGAAGCGGGGGAAGAGGGAGAGGGAGAGGGGAGGUGGAGCAGCAUAUUAAAUUAAAUUAAAUCAAUUACCCCGCACCCAUCUCCCUUUCCUCCAUCUUCUCCACCCCUUUGUUCGCAUCCCACCUCCCCCCCCCCCCCCCACUUUCUUUAGCUGUAAACGUGCGAUGUUGAGCAGGUCAUCAAACAGGACAGCAGGUGUCGACACGUUUAAGUGGUAAAACAAAACGCAACAUUGUUUUAAACGCGUAGACACGUUUGUUUUGCUUCUAAGGCGCCUAGUCAACAUCUGUAUCUGGUGAACGGAAAAGGUAGUGUGAGAGAGUAGUAGGUGGGGGAACGGUUUACUAAAGACGGAUCUCAGAAUGAUUUUUGAUUGUUUGUUUUGUUUUUAAAAAUCUUUUGAUUGUAACACACACACACACACACACACACACACACACUCCAAUGAAAACGCAAUCAGAAAAAAAACCAAAACUCAUUUUAUCAUUAGAAUAGUGUGCAAGUCAAGAGUCUGCGCCGCGCUGUUCCAUAGCUUUACGGUGGAGAGCCACCUGCGCAUCCCCCGGAAGUCGCACACCCACACACACGCAUUAUUGUUCCUGGUGGUGAAGCUCGUAUCCUUUACGUUAUUCUUAAGUUGCCGCCGGCAUGCCUGUGGUGUGUGGCGGCCUCAUUUGCUCAUUGUUAUCUAGUAACCAUACAUUGUGUUUGUGUGUGUGUGUUAACAUGAAGCCCCACUCUGUUUUGAUCACCUGAGCAACACUGUAACGUAACAACAAUUAUACACGCUUCUAACUGGUAAUAAUUCUUACCCACUCUACUAGCCUUUGUACAUUUUGUGGGCUUUAAAACAGGUGGGAUGACCUUUGGGGGGUCAUUUCAACAAUCGCCAAUAAGAGACUAAAUUGCUAAGUGGCUUUACAUACUAAUUGCUGUGAUUUUCCCCCUUUUUGUUUUUUUUCAACCCCCUUCCCCACACACACACACACUUGCGCACAAGAAACGGUUUUUGUGGGUGGUGAUUUGCAGUCGAAAAAUGAAAAAUUUCCUGUAACUGAAACUAGACAUAUUAUGUUGAUGCUUUGUGUCUUUAAACACACACUCACACACACCCUCACAAUAUAGCCUUUAUUUUACUUACUUCCGUUUUGGGGUGGGCUUUUUACAGCGAGCGCACACAACAGCGAAUAGGUGCAAGAAAACAAAAAACCAGGCCAUAAUUAAUCAUAACAAAUCACUCCUUGGAGGAAGGAAAAAGGGGGAAAAGCACGAGAAGAAAACAAACAAAAAAAUUAGUAAGGAACGAGUAGGAAGGGAAAUGGGAGGAAGGGUGCGCCGCACUCCUUUCGAUUUCGAAGUGAAAAAAAGAGAAAGUAACACACACACACAGACACAAAACCAAACGAGGGCAUUACUAAUUCUUACUGCAGCAUCGUCGUAUGUGCAGCCAGUUUUUCCCAUCCCCCUUUCCCCUAUCUCCCCCCACUAUCCCCUCGACCUUAAAUACUUUAAAAGCCAGGACAAAAAAAAAAUUAAAAAGUUUAAGCACAAUCCGCGGAUUGCGCCGUGUAAAAUGUUAGCAUAAAAAGGAGUGUGUGGUGUGUAUUGUCAUCGGUAUUGGAUUGUCCUUCUCGCACACACACACACCACAGUACUGCAUCAUUCAUUAACGCAUCAUUUGAGCCUACUGAUAAGGAGUGGAAGAAAAAAGAGUGAUUGGGUAGGUGUGGAAAGAGGAGCAGGGGGGAGAUAGUUGGAAUGGAAAUGUGCAUAACACUUCGUUCUCCUUCUCCCGACCCACAAACACACACACACACACACAGAAACCAAAAUCAGCCAGUAUAGUAUAGACAUUAAUACAUACAUAUAUAUAGGGGGUGUUUUGCUUUAAACAAAAAAAGUCUGCAAUUGUUGUUGUUGUGCGGUAGAAAGAAGAAACCAAGGGGGCGUGAAACGAUAGGGGGAUGCACACAUCAGCAGCUAGUUGUUUUAUCCUUUCUUGUGUUUCUGUUUUGGUUUUGUUUUUUUCACGCUCCUUCUCCUUGUGUGUCGUCGUCGUCGUCGUGCUGUGGUUAUUAUGUAUGUGUGUGUUCAGAUUAAAAAAUCAAACCCAAGACCCCCGGCCCCUCCCUCGCAAAGAAAAUAUUUAAGAAAAAGCAAUACUAAAAAUGUUUGUAUUUCGACAAAUCACACACACACACAGACACUCAAGAACAUCAUCUAAUUUCGUGUGGUUGAAAAAAAAACCAAACACGCGUUUCGAGGCUCUUUACUAUUGCUUUCGUUCUCUAUCCUUCCUAAGAGAGGGGGUGGGGGGUUGGAUGGGGGUGGAUGAGGGCGAAGAAAAGGUGGAAGGAAGUCUACUUUUAUGUGCGAUAUUCGCUCGCGCUGUAACCUUCCCAUACAUAUACAUGUGAAUAAAAUAUUUAAAAGCAAAACACAGACACACACACGCAAACAACAACAACAAAACAGAGAAGAGGAAGAAGAAGAAGAAGAAGAAGAAAAGUGAGUGCAAGUGAAGUGAAGGAGAAAAGCGAAAAAAGCAUUGUGCGACGCAAUAAGAAAAAAACACACACACACACACACACACACGAUACAAAUACAUUAAUCAUUAAGACCAUAAUCACUCAUACCACUUAUUUGUCUAUAGCUAGUCAAAAUUUUUAAGUAUAAUAUUUAUGUUUUUUUAUUAUUAAAUUAAAUUAAAUUAUUAGAUAAAUAUGAAGCAAAACAAGUAAAAAGAAACAACAACAAAAAAAGAAGGAGGAAUUAGGAAAAGGCGCAUUUAUCUUUGUCGAUAUAUACUACCGAUACUUUGCACACGAAAACUCCGCGCGCGCUCUGCCUGUUGUAAAAUCUAUUAUGGAUUAGUGAAAAAUAAAACACACAAAAAUGAAUUGCAAAAACAAACAAAAAAAAA